AACCACUGAAAUGCCACCCAGUUCAAAAAGUCAGGAGGAUAUGCCUGGAGUAUUUGAUGAAAUUCUAGUCCGAGAGAUGUUGGAUCCAAGUAAUUCAUCAAUGGCUGGAAAACAAAGGACGGCAUCAACAGUAGCAACAAAAUUAUUCACGGAAAAAAAUUCCAUCCUGAAUGAGAAUUUUCAAGUUGGUGCUCCUCAGAAUUAUCAUGGACUCCCAGAUAAUUCACAGUUCUCUCUUGGCAGUGAGGACAAAAUUUUCAAUAAUGAACCCAGCACUGAUGAGAGUUACCAAAUCGGCAGUCCUGAGGGUUAUGGUGGAUCACAGAUCUCUCCUGGCGGAAAGAAGAACUCACAAAAUGAGCAAUAUAAAAAACUAUCAAUUCUGGACAAAAUCCUUCAAAACAUUGGGAAAACUUCAGCAGGGAACUCUCUCCAGUAAGUGGAAGAGGACGGGGAGGCUCUGAAGAGGUGCAGAGGGCAGUCAGCAUGGCCAUCUGCUCCAAAGGAGCCCCCUCUAUAGGAAAUCCAGACUUCGUGAGACCCCACAGCCCCUCAGGAAUAAAGAGCAUAUAUGUACACAUGUUGUUAACCA